AUGAAAGCGCACUCCCGCUAUAUCAAAAUCAGUUGUCCUCGUUCUGAAGGGAUACAAACAAACACGCAACUUGAAACCUCUGCAAAAGGGAUUGAGUCUGUUAUAAUGUAUCGGCGUUACCUCACUCGCUUUAAACAACCUCUCACACAACCGGAGCUUGAUGCUUUAGAUGUGUUUGUUGAACCUUUUCGAACACAAGCAAUUUCCGUGACCAUUCCCACACAAGAAGAAGUCACUGAACUGAAUGGCGAGAAACUCAAUUGUACUGUUGUAGUCGUUCAUUCGAAGUUUGAAAAGACGUUCGAGUGUGUUGAUAUAUUAAAUCGAAUCGAAUUGUACUGCACUACUAAAAUUCUGUUUGGGUUUUGGAACGAAGACCUCGCCAAAAAGUUCGAAAAGAAAUUCGCUGCUUCUUCAACAUUUUGUUUGUGUGUUGGACAUUUCCAGCAUAAGUUCAUCAGAUAUGCACCAAGAAUUAAUCCAGAAAUAAACUUCCUUUAA